CUUUGCCAUUCCUAUGAAAAAACAGGAAGAUUUAGAUCUCAUGAGUUACAUUGGAGUCAAUAGUUACCGGUUUUCUAUAUCAUGGGCACGAGUUCUACCCAAAGGACGAUUUGGAGAAGUGAAUAGAGCCGGCAUUGAUCACUAUAACAAGUUCAUUGACACUCUUCUGCGCAGAGGGAUCCAGCCGUUCCUGACAUUGACUCAUUACGACAUUCCUCAAGAACUUGAAGACAUAUAUGGAGCUUGGCUAAGUCCCAAAGUGCAGGAGGAUUUCAAACAUUAUGCAAAUAUAUGUUUCAAAUUCUUUGGAGACAGAGUUAAGUACUGGGUAACUUUCAAUGAGCCCAAUGUUGCAGUUAUUCAUGGCUAUAGAUCAGGGAUUUACCCCCCAUCUCGUUGCUCUAGCCCAUUUGGGAAUUGUACUGGUGGGGAUUCAGAGAAGGAGCCUUUCAUUGCAGCUCAUAACAUCAUUCUAUCCCAUGCAGCUGCUGUGAAUAUAUACCGAACCAAAUACCAGAAAAAACAAGGAGGUAGCAUUGGAAUGGUCAUGAAUGCUGUGUGGUUUGAACCCAUCAGCAACUCCUUAGAAGACAAGUUAGCAGCAGAGAGGGCUCAAUCUUUCUAUAUGAACUGGCUCUUAGACCCAAUUGUGCAUGGGAGAUAUCCUGCAGAAAUGCAUGAGAUUCUGGGAGCUGAUUUGCCUAUAUUUUCAGAAUCUGAUGUGGAGAUGCUGAGGAAGAACAGAUUAGACUUCAUUGGCAUCAACCAUUAUACCAGCUUUUACGUAAAAGACUAUCUUUCUGCAUGUGAACCAGGACCAGGAGCUUCAAGGACGGAGGGUUUCCCUUUGCAAACCGCAGAAAAAGAUGGAGUCUUCCUUGGAGAACCAACUUCAGUUGACUGGCUGUAUGUGUACCGUCAAGGAAUGGACAAGAUUGUAACCUACGUAAAAGACAGAUACAAUAAUACACCAAUCUUCAUCACAGAAAAUGGGUUUGGUGAGACUGAGAUUUCGAAUUCCACCAAUGAAGAAUUACUCAAUGAUGCCAAGAGAGUGGAGUACAUGAGGUCCUACUUGCAUGCACUAGCAGAAGCAAUGAGGAAAGGAGCAGAUGUAAGAGGGUACUUCGUGUGGUCAUUGCUUGACAAUUUUGAGUGGACCAGUGGAUAUACUGUUCGUUUUGGACUUCGCCAUGUUGAUUAUGCCACUCUCAAGAGAACUCAAAGACUCUCAGCGGCUUGGUACAAAAAAUUUAUUUCUAAUCAUACGGUGCAAAUUUUAAGUGCCACAGCAUGAUCAAGAAAAUCAAUGUAGUGACCACU